AUGGUGUUCGAGGACUGCUCCUUGAGUGGAUUGAGGAAUUUUUUCGACAGCAUACUGUAUCGGUUCGAGUUAGUGGUUCCUCUAUCGCGACCAAUUGAGGCUGUCCGUGGAGGUCCACAAGGAUCUGUACUCGGUCCGUACUUUUUCCCAGCAUUCAUAAACAAUCUACCAACUGUCCUUGGAGAAAACGCAUACUUAUACACUGAAGACGCCAAAAUAUGGAGGACGGUACAACAUCCUGAAGAUAAUGAAACCCCACAGGAAACUCUCGAGGCAGCUUAUCGAUGCUUUAUCACUGAUUACACCGAGUUCUUUGCGUCACAGGAGUCGCUUUCCAUAUGUACUUGGAGCUCAGCCAAUACCGCGUUCUUCAAACGAAAAGGAACUGGGAGUUAUCGUUCUUGGGAAUCUAGGAUGUUCCACACAUUGCGCAAGAGCAUCAUCAAAGACGAUGAAGCUCGUUGGAUUACUAAACGUGUUUUCGGAUCAGUGGAAGCAGACCUAUUACUUCGAUUGUUAUCAGCAUACAUUAGACCACGCACCGCGUACGUUAUGCAGGCUUGGAAUUCAUGGCUGAUUAAUUUUUCGGGCAGCAUACGUUUGUGGCCUUUCGAGAAAGUAAAUUACCCAUUUCGUUUGAUUAUCGACUCUGAUCCUGGCGGAUCAACGUCCCAAUCACAACCGCAAAAAGAGGAAACCGGAGGAUCUGCACCAACGUUGGCGGUUGGCAACAUGGGUAUUUCGGUUGAAGACUUCUCAUGGCUUCAACCUCUUUCCGAUUGUAUUCGCCUGAUUCGGUUUGAAAAUCCACCAACGCUACCGAGCUUGACAACAGAUCCGGUUUCUGUUGUGGCAAAUACGGAACCGGCGAUUUCCAUUCGAACAGAGAUCGAUCCGGAAUUGAAUUGUGCACGUUCAGGCGAGAUCGUUGCAGUUCAUUCUCAAACAGCGCUAGAUGCGACCAAACCCGAAACAAAUUCAUCGGACACUGGUCCAGCGAAGUCACUGUCCGAUGAGAACGUAAACACAGCUGCCGAAGUGGUCAGUAAUGACGCGCCAAAUCAGAGUUCUCCUUCGGAUGCUUCAACUAGGGAACAACUGUCGAAUGUAAUUGAACGUCCACAGAGCGCAUCCAGCAUGACAUUCAGUGAGAGCGGUUUGGAUCGAUCAAGGGGUUCCUUGAAGCUGGUUGGUGAUGCUGAUGAUCACGCUGCGCCGACUGUCACCGGCGAAACCCGGUCUCUAUCACGCCGCCUAACGUGUGUACAUGAACAGUUGGUACGGCUAGAUACUCCCUGUUCUGUCAUCUCCAAGACUUGGCUCGAUAUUAUCCAGCUUCGUUUAAAAAGAACCGAAAUUUGGUCUCGUGUGGAGUACCUGAUUUUCGGUCGCUUGCUGGAUCACGAAAGGGAUUCUCACUCAACGGAUUUGCCAGACAGGUUACCUUCGGCACGUUGCUCGUCUGUGAAUGACGAUUUUUUUCCUCAUCUACUCACUAUGCGUUUUGUUUCAUCUGCCAGUGUUUCCAAUCUGUCCGAUCAUGCUCCAUCGAAGUCACACACCGGUUCUGAACUGACCGUUACCGAUAAAAGAGAAACUAGCCGCGCAGAUCCUGAAUUGAAUCAGAUUCCAGCUGAUGAUAGCCGUGAUCAGCCGACAUUUUGUGGUUCCGCUGUUCAACAGAACUCGACCGAAUGCAUUCAAACGGUAACGGAAAAGAAUGAUACAAAAAAGCGUUCAAAAAAGAAGGAUGGACCGGUUCACAAUUAUCUGGAGUUAAAACUACGCUUAGUGGAUAUUCUUGCUCGACUCGGACGUCUGUUGUGCGAGCGACUUCUCUUGACACAGUUUAUCACCGGCCAGUUCAAUUCAUUCGACUACGGCCCCCCAGAAUGUCCAAAUCUCUCCGGGCUCUCCGUGGAACAAAAUACAUCUAGAUGGGAUUUGACUCGGUGGCUCUUACAUGAUGCAUUAAUUCGAUCGGCGAACUCAGACUCAAUGNGACUCAAUGCCAUCUACACUAACAGAAUCGUACUCUGUCGUCGUGGACCAAGAAACGCGCACUUGCUUGCGUCAAAUUCACACCCGAUUGUUGCAACUGACCACAACGACAGCGAUCAGCUCGAACGCGGUCGGUGA